AUGAAAAACCAAACUUUAACUGAAUUCAUCCUAUUGGGACUCACAGAUAUCCCAGAGCUUCAGACUGUCCUUUUCCUUUUUCUCUUCCUCACGUACUUGUUAAGCAUUGUAGGCAAUCUGACCAUCAUCAUCCUCACACUGCUGGACUCUCACCUCCAGACUCCCAUGUAUUUCUUCCUUAGGAAUUUCUCCUUCUUGGAAAUUUCCUUUACAUCCACUUUUACUCCUAGAAUGCUGUUCAGCAUCUUAACUGGGAAUAAGACUAUCAGCUUUGCUGGGUGCUUCACUCAGUAUUUCUUUGCUAUCUUCUUUGGGGCCACGGAGUUUUACCUUCUGACUGCCAUGUCCUAUGACCGCUACGUGGCCAUCUGCAAACCCCUGCAUUACACCACCAUCAUGAACAACAGGGUCUGCAUACAACUGGUGCUCUGGUCUUGGCUAUGUGGAUUCCUGAUCAUCUUGUUCCCGAUCAUCCCAACCACUCAACUAAAGUUCUGUGCGUCCAACGUGCUAAAUCAUUAUUACUGUGACUACGGACCCCUGAUGGAAAUAUCUUGCUCAGACACAAGUCUACUGGAACUGUUUGACUUUGUCUUAGCAGUUGUGACCUUAGUGGCCACCCUAAUGCUAGUGAUUCUCUCCUACACGAACAUCAUCAGGACCAUUCUGAAGAUCCCUUCUGCUCAGAAAAGGAAAAAGGCUUUUUCCACAUGUUCUUCUCACAUGAUUGUCAUCUCCCUCUCUUAUGGAAGCUGCAUCUUUAUGUACAUAAAGCCUUCAGCUAAAGAAGGAGUAGCCUUCAAUAAGGGAGUAGCUGUGCUCAAUAACUCAGUUGCCCCUUUACUGAAUCCAUUCAUUUACACUCUAAGGAACAAACAAGUGAAACAAGCCUUCAAGGAUAUGACUAGGAAAAUAUUGCAUCUUUAUUCAUAUUAG